UACACCAUCGAGCACCUCCAGAGGGAUGGAGACUGGAAGCCCCACAACAGAGGAACUAGAACAGAACACAGAAUCCACCAGCAACAUAGACAUGACAGAUAAGCUUGAGAAGGGCUCAUCUCUCCCACUGUCCUCGGAUUCCACGAGUCGGAGCCGUGUGGAUGCAGAUGACAUCAGUACGUGUUCCAGUGCUUCCUCCACCACACAAACUCCUCCCGUUGUCAGUAAGAAAUUUCCUGUCCGCCCGGGAAUCAGCUGGAGGAAAGGAGAGAGACUAGAGGCCAUGGACUUCAGCUCUAAAUGGUAUCAGGCGAAGAUCGUGGAGAUUGAUGAGGAAGAGAAGAUGGUGAUGAUUCACUUUGACGGCUGGAAUCAACGAUACGAUGAGUGGAUAGAAAUGGACUCAGAGAAACUGAGACCUAAAACGAGACACUCAUCGCGGAAAGGGAGGGCCAAACAAUCGGAAUUCAAACUGGGUGAUCAUGUUUAUGCCAAAUGGACAGACUGCAAAAUGUAUCCUGGAAAAGUCACAGCUGUUCUGUCAGAUGGAUCUUAUGACAUUCUGUUUUAUGAUGGCUUUAAGAAGACGGUACAGGGGAUAAACAUUAAGGCAAUGCCUAAAGAGUUACAGCAACAGAAAAUAGAGAUUGUUCAUGUUUUACCCAAGGAUGAGAGGAAAAGAUCAAUGGAAGAAGAAAUAGCCACUCUACCCAAGAAGAGGAGGAGCUCAUCUAUUUACUCCAGGAGGGAGGGCAGCUUAGAUAAAGCACCCAGAGAUGUAGAGUCUACAAGGAAAGUGACAGAGAGGACAAGAAGUACGAUUAGUGAUGAUGACAAGCGGAGGCCAAGCAAAGAACGUAGACAGAGGAAAGGUGAUAAAAAGUUAAUCAUCGCAGGAUCUUUGUUUAAGAAGCGAGAUCGAUCAACAUCAUCAGAGAGAUCCAAAACAGGGAGCUGUUCCAGUAAAGAGUUAACAACUGAUGAAACGAUGGAUAGCACGGGGAGUGCCAUGGAACAGCCAGAGAGUACAGGGGGCUUAAUGGAACAGCCACCAACAGAAGAUUCUGGUGUUACGCCUCCUGCAGAACAGAUGAUGGCAGAUGUAUCUGUUCCAGAGUCCACUGAUUCUGAGGUUUCCUCAGUUAUAAAAAAAUCUACAGACACCCCAGUCACCCAGUCUACCCCCAGUCUGUCGGCACCACCUUCAUCAGACCCCAGCACACAAGCAACCCCACCAACAGGAACUCCCUUACCUGGCCCAGGCUCACCUGAAGUACCUGUUGGGGCACCUGUUCCAGCCUCUGCCCCUAGUACUCCUGCCCCAGGCUUGAUGUCCGCCCCUAGUACACCAAUGGCUACCCCACUAUCCUCCAUGCCUCCUUCUCCAGCAAGCACUUUAUCUGCAGUGUCAUCUUCCCCAUCAACUCCAAAACAGUCUCCAAGUAUGAAGACAGACGGCACACAUUCAGCAGGAGCCGGACCUUCUCUGGAACUCCCUACCUCAAUACACCCACCCAAAGGCAAAAAAGACAGGAAGAGUCGUAAACAGACAUUUUCUCCAAUCACUCAGUCAGGAGAGAGUUCAGCGAGAAAGAGAAGUAAAUCAACGGAAAAGGGAGAGAAAUCUGAUCAACCUCAUUCCUCACGGAAAAGAAGCAGGUCUACUAACGAAAGAGCCAACUACAUUCUGGUGCCUGAGACUGCACUUCCACCAAAAGCGUUCGUCAUUGAACCGGAACACAACCAUUACAAGUGCACAUUUGAGAACUGUAACAAAGGAUUUCGUAAAGAAAGUCUCCUAGAAUCUCACAUCAAGUUCUACCACUCCAACGAUGGCAAACCUCCACAAAACCCCCCGAGGAAACGCCGAAAAACAUCCAGUAUUUGUUCCACAGACUCCGACAUUUCCAUCACCCCCCGACAGAGAUACCCCUCAAGUGGCUCCCUCUGUCGGCCGAGCACCUCACAUGAGGGGACCACAGAAGUGACAGGCACAGACUCACUCAGUGCAGAGAGUCAGCCUCUAUAUGAGGGAUUGAAGUCUGGAGAGAGGGCUCGUUCUAUCGGUCAAGAUGUCAUGAUAGCUGAGGAAUCCAUGGAAACAGAAUAUGAGGACACUCUGAGUAAAGAUGAAGUUGUCAACUGUAUCUGUCGAUUUAAUGAAGAAAACGGACUCAUGAUUCAGUGUGAUGUUUGUCUUUGCUGGCAGCAUGCGACCUGUUUCGACAUCACAGAGAGUACACUACCUAAAAAGUACAUCUGUUAUGUGUGUGAAAAUCCUCCAGGAAUUCGAGACAGUCGCCUUUAUGUACAUGACCAGGAUUGGCUGAAACUAGGUCACAUGGCUCACUUUGGAUUUUUACCCAAUCAGGAAGAAGAUGAAAGUUGCUGCAGAACAGUCCAGGCCACACAUGGCCUUGUGGGUGACCUACACAAUGUGUCAGCAGUGAUUCAUGGCCUGAAACAAAAACUGAAGACUGUCAGAAAGAAAGAUCGCAGAGAUCCGAUGCUUCAGAUGUGGCUACAGAACCUUGACAAUGUACAGUUUGACCCGAUAGAUCCUGAUGUGGAUAGUGAGAGCGAAGAGAUAAUCAUGGACAUUUCUACUGAUCAAAAUAAAAAGACUGAGGCCCAGGACCAAAAUCCCGAAUUAGGAUCAGGAACUCAUCAGAAGCCUCAGAAAGGGGAAGUCAGUGACAGUGCUUGUGUUAGUUUUAAUACAGAGAAAGAGCAGCAAGUCAGUACAGAGCUACAGGAAACAUCUGACAAAAGGGAAGAACUUGAGAGUGCUACAGAUAAAACCGUGGGGGACCUUUCACAGGCCGGAAGAGGUACAACAGCACAAGAUGGUGGUCUAGAUAAAAACAUUGUAAAAUCAAACCAUGAAAUAAUUUCUAAAGAAGAGGAUACUUCUGUAAAACAGGAAAGCACUGGAGAGAAAUCUGAAACCUGCAAACCAGAGAGUGAAAGUGAUACAGCGAGUAUAAUUACAUCAAACACUGACAAGACUGAAGUUAAGGCUAGUGGCUCAAACACAGGUAAUGGUGAAGUCUCUUUAGCUGAGAGUGGGGAAGGAAAGAAAAAUCAAAUGGACCAAUCAAAUUACACACUGAUUCCAGCAGAACAGUCUCAAUCAUUACAUGGAGAAUCUUGUGUAGAUCAGUCUGUAAGGUCAGAGGUCAAGGUGGAAGAUGUGUGUGAUCUUUUGAACUCUGUAGAUGUGGUGAAGGAAGAUCCAUUCAAACUCUGCGAGAGAAAUCUUUUGGAGCACAUUCUUCGUGUCCAGACAGAAAUUGAACAGAGACUGGACCACAUCGAGGAGCAAGUCUGUGCACUGGAGGCCGCAGAUUCCAACUUUUCCUCUGGUCCUUCUGACAGGGACUUGCUGUCUGACGUCCCGGCCCUCAAAAAAACAUUAUACCUGUUACAACAUGACCUGGUCCGGGUCCAGCGAAUGGCAGCCUACCAUAGAUAGCAUGCCAUCACUAGGUGCGGGUCCAGCAGAGGGUCCAUUGUACAGAUAGAACACUUUGUCCCAGUGGGUCCAGAAAACCACAGACUCAUGUAGAUAGCACCUGAUCUGCAUCACUCUGUGCCACUAGUUCCUUGAAUGAAUUUUUAAAAUCAAAUAUCCCAUACAGAAGAUGACACAAUCAUGAUUGUAUAUGCCAGAGAAGUGGUGCAGUUCCUGAAUAGUAGUGUCCAAAUAUUAACUAUAAAGUGCUCCUCCUGAUAGAGACAAUAUGUCACAAAUGGGGCAUUCCUGUAUAAACUUUUCUCCAUGAGAGAACCAAAUAGUCAAUUUCCCUUCUCAAUUUGAAAUUUUUUUUCAAAGAUUUAAAAAAAAAUAUGUUGGUCCCUUGCAAGACUCUCAUUAAAGAACAUUUUAUGUUUCACCAGGUAGUAUUUUGGACAAAUAAAACAUUGAAAAUACA